CAAACUGCCUCUUACAGCAACCACACUGUAUCAGGUGAGCUCUUUGCUGCAUUGGACAUAUUUCUUAUUCAAAUGACUCUUGGAUACUGAACAAUGAUACAAGGUGUUUCUGAGAUAGCUGCAAUGUGUGUUGGCCUGGUUGGGCUGAUCGGUGCAGCAGCCACUACUGGGAUGCCCAUGUGGAAGGUGACAGCUUUCAUUGGAGAAAACAUCAUUGUGAUGGAGACCCGCUGGGAGGGCUUAUGGAUGAACUGCUACAGACAGGCAAACAUCAGGAUGCAGUGUAAAGUCUACGACUCCCUUUUGUAUCUGCCCCCAGAGCUGCAGGCUGCCAGGGGUCUUAUGUGCUGUUCUGUGGCCUUGUCAGGGCUGGGGCUCUUGGUGGCUCUUACAGGAAUGAGAUGCAUUUCCUGUUUCAGUGAUAAUAAAUGGGCCAAAACCAUUAUCCUCAUGACUGCAGGUGCUAUGCAGUUCUUGGCAUGCAUAUGUGUCUUUAUCCCUGUCUCAUGGACAGGUCAUGUCAUCAUUAGGGAUUUUUAUAAUCCUUUGCUGAUUGAUGCCCAAAGGAGGGAGCUAGGGGAGGCUCUCUAUAUCGGUUGGGUGACUGGUGCAUUCCUUUUUGCUUCAGCUUUGUUGUUUGUCUGCCGCCGUAUGCCCUCAGACAAAGGCUCGUUUGAUGUGUACCACCCUGUUAACUCACUCAGAUACCAGGCAGCUCAAAAACCAAAUCUGAUGAGGUAUCAUCCCAUCUCAAGUGUUUCCAGCAUUUCUUCUGAUGCACAUCAGAAUUUUCUUCGGUACAAUGGUUCUGUAAUGCAAGAAGCUGCCAUGCCACUGCAAAAUGUCCCUCAGCUAAUGCCAAAUAAUGGAUCCAUGAGACACCCAUCUGUUGUUUAUAACCCCAGUCUUCCUGAAAAUGCAUCCUUGUACCAUCAAGGUAGUCUGGCUCCCCAUUCUUCCUUGCAAAAUUCCUUCCAAGACGGCAACUUGUAUGCUCCAGGUAACUCCUUGUACAUGAGCAGAAAUAUCACUCCCUAUACAGCAUCUUAUAUUGGCAACCCCACUGUGUCCUACCAGUCCAGCUUUCAUCCCGUUCCACAAGGUCCUGUUUUCAUCACAUAUAAAGAAUCAAGGAUUCAUCCAGAGACUGAUAGUGGGAACAGGACUGGAGUAUACAUAUAGAAAUAUACCAGUGAGAUUUUGGAGAUAAUCACACAUCACAAACACAAAGAUAUUCACUGUCACCUUAAGCUGAUUGUAAAUGAUAAUCAUUAUUCCUGCUGUUAUAUUGUUGACUAUACCAAAUUGUCCACCUUUUUUCUGUUCUUAAUAUAUUUUCUAGAACUUUUAUUGUGCAAAACAUGCAGAAUGUGAUUAAGUUAAACAUAACUGCUGUAGUAUAAACAAGGCUGAGAAUGCCUUGUUUUCACGAAACCCUGGAGGGGGAAUGUAUUCAUUUGGUACACCAUAGCAUCAUGUUUUUUAAUCUUUAUAAGCAUACUUUCAAUACAUUGUUAUAUUUUGUUCAGGUUAUUUUGUCUAUUAAUAUCAAGAUAUCUUGAAACUAUUAUCAUAUUAAUUUACAAUGUUUUAAUAAUUUAUUAAAUUUGUAUGAUCAAUAUUAAAUCAUUAUUCUACAUUGUUACGUUAUUUGUUAUUAUCUGUAUCAACAAUUAUCAUGAAAAGGAAUUUGGAAGUUACAGCUGCUUUAUAGAUUUUUUAUGUAUUUUGUAGGAUCAAAAGCUUUAAGAAGCAAAUUUAGAUUUGUCUUCUUUUCUGAGUGGAAUCAGUUUGUUAAGAUAAAGUAGACUAAGACUGAAUAAAUGGAAACUGUUAAUUGUAAUAGGCUAGAAAUAUUUCUUGGAAUUUUGCUCAUAUUUUUUAAUGACCUAUACUUAUUGAUAGGAAAUGUAUGUAUGUAUGUAUACAGGUUAAUACUAUCUGAAAUAAAGCAUA